UGAUUCGCUGCCACAAUACAAAUAUAAAAGCUCCGAUCUUGACCCUUUUUCCUUCGAAUUUCAACAAUUCCCCAAUCACCCAUCUCAAAUUUCAACCCCCUCUACAAAUCGCACCGAUCAAUUUAGCUCAAUUUAAGUUCCAUCCCUUCAAAACAAACCCUAAAUCAAUGUCGGCGUUCUUGCACCAGCGCCCACUCCACAACCCACUCUCAGAUCCACACCCACUGUCCCCACCUUCCUCAAAUCCCAGAAAACCCUUCUCAUCUUUCAGCCCCAUAACCCUUUUAGUCCUUCUCGGCCUUCUAAUAAUCCUGGGUGUGUUUCUGCCAUGGACGAGUAUGCAAGAGGGUUUGUUCUCGAUCACUAACAGGUCCUCACUCAAAUGGAGGAGUUACACAUUGGCCCAAGCUGCGGCCUUUGUGGCCCAAAAUGGGACCUUGAUUGUUUGUGCGGUGAGUGAGCCUUACUUGCCGUUUUUGAACAACUGGUUGAUUAGCAUUGCGAGGCAGAAGCACCAGGACAAGGUGCUUGUGAUUGCUGAGGACUAUGGGACGCUUUAUAAGGUCAAUGAGAGGUGGCCAGGCCACGCCGUGCUUAUUCCGCCGGCUCUUGAUGCUCAGGCUGCCCAUAAGUUUGGUUCUCAGGGAUUCUUCAACUUUACUUCCAGAAGGCCACGCCACCUCUUAAACAUUUUGGAGCUUGGGUACAGUGUGAUGUACAAUGACGUUGAUAUGGUGUGGUUGGCUGAUCCCUUUCCUUAUUUGGUAGGGAAUCAUGAUGUGUACUUCACAGAUGAUAUGACUCCAGUCAAACCUCUGAACCAUUCUCAUGAUUUGCCACCUCCAGGUAAGAAAGGACGCACUUACAUAUGCAGCUGUAUGAUCUUCUUACGUCCUACAAGCGGUGCAAAAUUAAUUAUGAAGAAGUGGAUAGAGGAAAUGCAGCAGGAGCCCUGGUCCAGGGCAAAGAAAGCAAAUGAUCAACCUGCUUUUAACUGGGCAUUAGACAAAAAUGCUGCACAGGCGGAUCUCUACUUGCUGUCGCAAGCAGCAUUCCCAACUGGAGGAUUAUACUUCAAGAACAAAACAUGGGUAAAGGAAACUAAUGGGAUGCAUGUUAUAAUCCACAACAAUUAUAUUUUAGGUUUUGAGAAGAAGAUCAGGCGCUUCCACGAUUAUGGUCUCUGGUUGGUAGAUGAUCAUGCCCAUGAGUCUCCCCUCGGGAGAAUAUGAAAUUGAAAGACUUAAUGAUGUAUGUCACUUUCUUUGGAAAUGUUCAGUCCAAUUGGAAAGUCGAAGCAAAUUCUCGCUGCCAGUUCGUUCGACCUUUCUGCAUGAUGCUACAGACCAUGGCAGGGAAGAGAUGACAAUCGACUAUAAAUGAUCCAGUUUCAAUCACUUCGCUUGAUGCCUGGAAGGGUUUCUGAUAGCUUGUACUAUCCCAUCUAGUUUUACAAGUUAAUUUGAUGUAUUCUUUUGAUCUUUCACAUUUUUUUACUAAGCUCUCUGUUGAGGCUGCUCCAUUUUUUAUGUAACUUGUAUGCUGAAGCCUAAUUUUGAUGUAACUACAUGGCUUAAUGAAAAUUAUCACUUUGCUCUAAAGUAAA